GCGCGGAAGGGAGGCGCGCCGGGGCGGGGGGAGGGGAGCAGAGGAGGCUCCCGCCUGGAUCCUCCUCCGGUCCUUGCGCUGGGGGCAGAAUAUGGCCUCAGCCAACCUGCCCAGCUUUUUAAAAAUCAUCGUCAAGAAGCAGCAAUGUGGUAGUGUUGGGGGCGCUGGAUUGUGAAGACAAAAGGGUGGACAGGUUGAGGGAGGGGGGUUGGUGCUUUUAGGCCUUGGGAUGAUCUUCAGAACUGGUGACUUGGUUAGUGUGUACUUGGGGAAUGAGAGCGGAGCAGAACACAAACACCUGCAGGCGUGCAUGCAUUCGGGCACAUGGGAGGGGGAGCCCUCAACUGCCGCAGCAUAUUGGAGAGAGAGAUGGGGGUGGAAGGGGGGACGCUGGCACACAUUUAGCCUCAGAGAUGGGGGACGAGCAACUCCUGAGCCUCCUCACUGCUCCUUGGCUCCAGCUGAAUCAAAGCCUCUGCCACAUGUUUUGUAUGCAGACACCUGUCGGCACACCUGAAAGACCCUCUGCCAGUUUAGCAAAAGCUCUCCCCUCGCAUUUGGAGCAAAGGGGAGGUAUUGUCUGCAGCGGCAGUAGGGUGCAGACAGCAUCCAGGGAGUGAAGACUUUUUUUAAAAAACUGGUGUAGCAGGUAUCGCUCAUGCUAGAACAGUGGAGCCCCCAUACGUAGAGGCAGCGUGUCUUAAUACCAGAUCUUGGAUGCUGGGGAUAUGCCACAGGGGGAAUUACUGCCUGGUUGACUACUGUGGAAAGCAGGAGACUCUGAAGCAGUGGCACCUCUGGGAUGAGCCGGCAGAGACAUUCCUAGGUUCUGAAGGUAUCCUUUGGUACACAUUGGCCUGCAAGAUGUCCUAAUGAAAAGUGACUGCCUAGGUGCAGAGGGCAAUCCCUGCAGCAAUGUGCGUGGGGGGGAGAGUUUUCCCAGGUGGAAAUAGAUGAUGCAUACAGCUCGAGUCUUAGCCCUCCUUUUCUUUUCUCAGCACAAGUACAUAAAAAGAUAAAACCAGGAGCCGAGAGCUAUUUGGGACGAGAGGAGCAGUUGGCAGGGUGGAAAGCUCAAUUCUAUCUUUCAAAGAGACCAGGCAAAUGUCUGUCUCCUUUCUGGACUUGCAAUAGGGCAGAAGGAGGUGCUAACUGCUGCCUUUUGCCGACCCAAAGAGCUGCCCAAUGGAGAGCACAGGCUGACUCUGCCAUAUUCUUGUGUGGAGGGAUUUGCCUUGCUCAAGGCCACUGAGAGCCCACCAAGAGUGGGUGAGUGUAGAAGGAGGGAGAUGGGGCUGUUUGGAGAGGAAAGGCCUUGAAGGGGUUAAUGGGCUUCGUGUGUGACCUGCCAGGAAGCAGAGCUUCCCGCCCCUUCCCCAGCCAGUAAUUUUUCAAUGUGACAUCUGGAGAAAUUGCCUGACCAGCAAGCCUCAGGUACAGAUCCAGAUAUGACUAGGGAAAAGAAAAAAAUGAUGAUUUAACAUAUAAACCUGACAGGACCACACUUCCAGAUGCAAGCACACACUGUCAAAAAUUAGUGACCUCCAAGCAUAAGGAAAGAAGCACUAGAUGAUAUAUUAAAAAUGGACUCCGCUACCCACCUCUGUGUGCAUGUGGAAGCCAUUGCUUAACAAAUGAUCGUUGAACUAUCAGAAAAUAUUGUGGGCAUACGAACGCCCAUAUAAAUGGUGCAUAUCUUGGUCAUUAACUGUCAUAUUGAGAUGUGUAAUACUGCUAUAAAAAGCUACAAAAUGAGGCAAAGAUAAAUAUUCAUUGCUUUAUACUUGCAUCUGCAAUAGGUUGCCUGUAGUUUCAGGCAUAAUUACGCCUAACAUUGACCAUGGUAUCCUUCUGGGCAGACUUGGUGACAUGGGUGAGCCCUGGACCGCUGCCUGGACUCGGUGGUGGGCUGGAUGAGGGCCAAUAAACUGAGUCUGAAUCCUAGCAAGACGGAGGUGCUGUGGGUUUAUGGUUUCCGAGUUCAGAUAAUUGGUCAGUUGCCUGCAUUGGAUGGGGCCGUACUCCCUCUGAAAGAGCAGGUCCGUAGUCUGGGGGUGCUCCUGGAUCCAUCUUUGUUGCUAGAGGCCCAUGUGACCUCAGUGGAUAUGAGUGCCUUUUACCAGCUUUGGCUGGUAAGACAGCUGCAGCUGUUUCUGGACCGGGAUAAGCCUGACCACUGUGGUCCGCAUACUGGUAAUCUCCAGGUUGGAUUACUGUAAUGUGCUCUAUGUGGGGCUGUCCUUGAGGUUGGUCUGGAAGCUGCAGCUGGUGUAAAAUGCAGCGGCGAGACUGCUCACUGGGGCAGGGUAUUGCCAACAUGUCACCCCACUGAUGAAAGAAUUGCACUGGCUACCUAUUAGCUGCCAGGCCAAGUUCAAGGUUCUAGUCUUGGUGUACAAAGCCCUAUACAGCUUGGGACCAUGAUACCUGAAAGACCGUCUUAUCCCUUGCAUACUCAGCAGAUCACUGUGCUCUGCAGGUGAGGGCUUCCUGCAGAUACCAACUUAUCAAAAGGUCCAGUCUGCACAACAUAGGAAAUGGACCUUUAGUGUGGUGGCACGUACCCUUUGGAAUUCCCUCCCCUUAAGUAUUAGACAGGUGCCAUCUCUGUUAUCUUUUCGGUGCCUACUGAAGACCUUCCUCUUUCAACAAGCCUUUUAAGUUGAGACCUUAUCCCAGUCUGCCUCUGUGCUGGAAUUGCUUUUUAAUAUGUUUUUAAAUCUUUUUUAAAAACAGUAUGUUGUUUUAACUUUUUUUUUUAGAUUUCAAAGCUUUUAAAAAAUGUUUUUAAAGAUGUUUUGUUUUAACGUAUUUUAAAGUCUUUUAUGACGUUUUAAAGUGUUUUUAGUGUCUUUGUUUGCUGCCCUGAGCUCCUGCUGGGAGGAAGAGUGGGAUAUAAUAACGUGCCAGGUAAGGGGAACUCGUCCCAGACAAGUUGUGUCUGUGCCUUGUUCCGGUUCUCCUCGUAUCCACAGGACUGUUGGUUGUACUGUCAGCCAGCUCUCGGAUCUCCAGGUGCUGCUCUUAAAUGCUAGGUUGGUCGUUAAUAAAAAACCCCUUAUCCACAAUUUGAUUGUGGAGAAGGGUGCCGACCUUGUGUGCAUUACCGAAACCUGGGUGGGUGAGCAGGGAGGAGUUGCUCUUUCCCAGCUUUGCCCACCUGGGUAUUCGGUGCAGCACUGUGGUAGAUCUGAGGGCCGGGGAGGCGGGGUUGCUGUGGUCUAUCGGAGUUCUUUCUCUCUCAACAAGCACCCUGUCCAGACGGCGACUGGUUUGGAGUGUCUUCAUCUUGUGCUGGGCCAAGGAGACAGAUUGGGAAUACUAUUGGUGUACCGCCCACCUUGCUGCCCAAUGGCUUCCCUAGCUGAGCUGACGGAGAUAGUCUCGGAGGUAUUGUUGAGAUCCCCCAGACUUGUGGUACUGGAGGAUGUCAACAUUCAUGCCGAGGCUGUCUUGUUCAGGGCAGCUCAGGACUUCAUGGCCUCCAUGACAACCAUGGGGCUGUCAUAAGUUGCUACUGGCCCGACGCAUGUAUCAGGACAUACUCUUGAUUUGAUCUUCGCCACUGGUCAUGGAGAUGGUGAUCUGAGGGUGGGGUAUUUUUCAUCUACUCCAUUGUCAUGGACAGAUCACCGCUUGCUGAGCUUUAGACUCACGGCAGCCCUUUCCCUCUGCAGAGGUGGGGGACCUAUUAAGUUGGUCCGCUCCCGGAGGCUUAUGGAUCCUGUUGCUUUCCAGAGCGCUCUGGGAGUUUUUCCGGCUGAUAGCACUGGCGCUCCUGUCGAGGCCAUGGUCGAUCUGUGGAAUGCGGAGAUGACCCGGGCCAUUGACAUGAUCGCUCCCGCGUGCCCCCUUCGGUGCAGAACUCAAACAGCACCGUGGUAUACCCCGGAGUUGAGAGUGAUGAAGCAAGAGAGAAGGAGGCUAGAGUGCAGGUGGAGGCGAACUCCUGACGGAUGUAGUCAUUCUUUGGUGAGUGCUUCUACUAAGUUGUAUGUAAAAGCGGUUAGGGCGGCAAAAAAGUCAUAUUUUGCUGCCACCAUUAGAUCAUCUCUUUGCCGCCCAGCGGAGCUUUUUAGGGUGGUACGAGGGCUUUUACAUUCUGGCCCUCCUGAUACUAAGGAAACAUCGGAAGCCCGCUGCAACGAAUUUGCGGAGCACUUCCAGGACAAGAUUGCUUGCAUCCGUCGGGACUUAGACUCUGAUGUUAUGACAGUUGAAUCCAUUGAAGUGUCCAGAGCGCGGUCUUGUCCUUCAUUGUUGGAUGAGUUUCAGUUGGUGCAGCUCGAGGAAGUGGACAAGGUGCUUGGAAUGCUGCGGGCGAUCAUGUCUGCCCUUGAUCCUUGCCCAUCUUGGCUGGUGAAGGCCAGCAGGGCUGUAACCACCAGCUGGGCCAAAGAGGUGAUAAACGCCUCCUUGAGAGAGGGAGUAGUCCCUGGUAGUCUCAAGGAGGCAGUAGUGAGACCUCUUCUAAAGAAACCUUCUUUGGACCCAGAUAUUUUGAACAACUAUAGACCGGUGGCGAAUGUCCCUUUUUUGGGCAAGGUCCUGGAGCGGGUGGUCGCCGGCCAGCUCCAGCGCUCUUGGAUGAAACCGAUUAUCUGGAUCCGUUUCAAUCCGGUUUUAGCACUGAAACAGCCUUGGUCGCCCUGUAUGAUGACCUUUGUCGGGAGAGGGACAGGGGGAGUGUGACUCUGUUGAUUCUCCUUGAUCUCUCAGCGGCGUUUGAUACCAUCGACCAUGGUAUCCUUCUGGGGAGGCUCUGGGAGUUGGGGGCACUGCUUGGCAGUGGCUCUGCUCCUACUUAAUGGAUCGUCGCCAGAAGGUAGUGCUUGGGGAACAUUGCUCGACACCCUGGACUCUCCAUUGUGGAGUCCCUCAGGGGUCGGUCUUGUCCCCCAUGCUCUUUAACAUCUACAUGCAGCCUCUGGGUGCGGUCAUCAGGAGUUUUGGAGUGCGUUGCCAUCAGUACGCUGAUGACACACAACUCUACUUCUCCUUUUCACCUUCUUCAGGUGAGGCUGUUGAUGUGCUGAACCGUUGCCUGACCGCGAUAAUGGACUGGAUGAGAGCUAAUAAACUGAAACUUAAUCCACACAAGACUGAGACACUGUUGGUGAGCUCUUUACCUGCCCAGAUGGUGGAUGUUCAUUCUGUUCUAGAUGGGGUUACACUCCCCUUGAAGGAACAGGUUCGUAGUUUGGGGGUCCUUUUUGACCCUUCCUUGUUGCUUGAGGCUCAAGUGGCCUCGGUGGCACGGAAUGCGUUUUACCAUCUUCGCUUAGUAGCCCAACUACGCCCCUAUCUGGACAGUGAAAAUCUUGCCUCAGUUGUUCACGCUCUGGUAACCUCUAGACUGGACUACUGUAAUGCGCUCUACGUAGGGCUGCCCUUGAAGACCGUUCGGAAACUUCAGCUAGUGCAAAAUGCGGCAGCCAGGUUGUUGACGAGGACCCGCUGGUCUGCGCAUAUAACAUCUGUCCUGGCCUGCCUGCACUGGCUGCCUAUUUGUUUCCGAGCCAGAUUCAAGGUGCUGGUUUUGACUGUUGUGUUUGAAUUGAAACCCCCAGUGCCAGUGUUGUGUUUAAAUUGAAACCCCAGUGUUAAUAAAACUAUAAUUCACUGGUCUUACCUAAACCAGCUUAGGCUUCAUGAGAAAUAGAACCAAAGUGGCAUUUAUCUGACUUUCGGUAUAAAACGUAGAUUUAUUUCCUUGUGACCUGACCCUUACCGACGUUCCAGUGGCUCAUAUAAUAAAAGCCGGAUUACGCUGGAGACUCCCCUACUAUGCAUUUCAUAUCGUAUAUAUGCUUAUGGCUUUGCUUAUUGCUGUCAAAAUGUUUCACACAGAAAUGUCUGUGUUUAAAGACUGCUUUAUUGUCCCUCAUAGCUCUCGAGUUGUAUCCCUCCCUUUUGAUAUGCAAGACAUAAUGAUACCAUGUCUGUGUUUGAGUUAGAGGGCGCCCGGUUGCAACUGAACCUCCUCUUCCCAUACGCCUUUGUCCGUUCCUGCAUAGUGCUUAUCUCAAGGACAUGUGAAAUAUGUAGACAAGUUGACAGUGCAAUGUUUCCACUUUGUUCUUCUCCUGUACCCCUUUUGUUUCUCACAUAUGUCCUAAAGCUAUGGCAGUUAGCAAUUGUUUCUUUAUGUUUUAUGACGUGAACAUGAUACUGUAAACUUCGGGGUAAGCCUAUAUAAACCCCCAUCUAUCAAUAAACGCGGUUCCCAUGCUCACCUGCUUUGGCUUGUAAGUAUUGGGUCCCCUUUGCAAAGGCUUUGUUUUGUGUUGCUUGAUCUCUGAUAGUGGGUUCAUAUUUACUCAGCUCCGCACUCUCCCGGGGUGUAAUAAGUGAGCUGGGAUAACAGGACAGCUUGCGUGUUGGGUUUGGAUCUAACAAUUGGGGGCUCGUCCGGGAUCCCUUGUGCGGACCCCCUUUUUGCCAUUGCACCCCUUGAAUUGAUAACAGGCGCCACGAGGAUUUCCUCGGUUACCAACACAAGUGGGCGGCUUUGACAUUUUGGGGAUAAAGCACAGUUGAGGAAAACCCGCUAUCAGACGUCAUGGGAAAUAAAGGGAGUGUGCCGGUAAAGGACAGCCCUUUGGGAAUAAUGUGUAUGCUGUGGCAAGAGGAGGACUUGCCUGUGCGUAAGAGAGGCCUGAAAAAGAGAAAGAUGAUUGAGCUCUGUGCGGUAGCGAGACCGCGGGUAACUGCAGUAUUGGCACCGGGUGAACGGUAGCCAAAGAGCGGCUCCUUUAAACCCGUUCCUUUAAGAGGAGUAGGGGAGCGGAUUGAGGUAAAACAUUCAGAUUAAUUGCAUUUCUGGCUCCUAUGGCAGAUGGGAGUGCAGAGAUUGCAGGGUUUUUACAAUGCUGAAAGACAGAUCUUUGACCGGUGAGGCCCCCCCUCCAAGUUAUUUUUCUAAGGAUGACUCAGAUAGAAGAAUGAUUUUAAGUCGUUCUAUUAUGCUUUCCGCGCCAGCGCCGCCUUCCAGCCCUGAAGGCGGGGCUCCUCGGCCGGCGCGGAAACAAGUCUCUUCCGAUUCAAGUGCUGAGACGGAAGAGAAGGAUCCAGGAGAGGGGCCCUCAGGGGGGAACGGUCACGCGCUUGCGAAAAGGAGAAAAAGAGAAAAAGAGAAACGGUUAUUGACUAAGGAAACGCCAUUGAUUGUGCGAGACCAGCCGUACCUGGACGCCCAGGGACGGGUCAGACUCCUAGGUGUGUAAGGCUUGUGUUUUCCCGGGAAGUAAGAACGUAAGAAUGGUAAUAGGAAGGAUUUGCAUAAAAGAAAUGUGUAUGAGUUGGGUACCCAAGUGAGAGGUUGUAUGCGGAUAGCUUUUUUUUGAGUGUAUGUAUGAAAGUUUUUCUGUGGGUUUGCUUUCAAGGGAACUUUCCUUCCAUUACUGUUGUUCAUAAAUCAUGCUGAUUUUACCUUUUCCUCUUUUAACUGCUUGGAUCAGCUGCGCUGCCCACCUGUUCUCUUAGUAGUUCUUAGCAUUUUUUUUUAUAGAAAGUAUAGGAUUUGAACUAAGCGAUUCCUUUUAGAAUGUCUGGGUUUCUUUCUCUUCUGUUCCUGUACUGGGUUAACUCCUUCUUCCCUACCUCCUUAUUUGAUAUGAAUUUAGAUUAUUAAGGGUUUUUUUGUGUGUGUGUGUGUGUGUGUGUGUUUGUCUGUCUUGCUUGCUACAGAUUACUUGUGUGCAUCUUCCUUCCUGAUGUAAUGUUUUAUAUCUUCCUUAUCUCAGUCCUUGCCAUUGAGGAACGUUUUAUUUCUUUGGAGCUCCCUUCCUUUUCAAGCUUCUUAAAAUUGUUUUCUCCAGUCUGCUUAAACAGUGGGAUGAUAGUUUUCUCUGCAGCAGUUUUAUGCUUUAAGUCUAACGUGAUCCCUAUGGUUUACUAUGUUUUAUAUAAAGACGGAUUGGCUGUGUUUUCCUAAUUAUUGUGCUGUCUGUUAUGUGAUUGUAACUUAUUAAAUAUAAUUUCUUAUUUCAGCCCUUGCCGUUUGACAUUAAUCCCAAUAGCAGAUGUUCACAGAGGGGGGGAUAUUUUUGUCUAGAAUAAGUUUUGCUUUUCAUUAUUUGUCAGUUAUUUCUUAUCUUGUAAAUGUUACGUUUCUUUUGACGUGGUUCUUUUUUUGUUUGUUUGUUUGUUUUGUUACUGCAUGUUGAGCCAGAAUCACAGAAAAGGGAAAGAGAUUGGUUUCCCCCCCCUUUGUUAAGAUACUAGAGUUCCUUUUGUUUAGAUUAGACCUGAACCUUUGGCUGUUGCUUGUAGAUAAAAGCCUGGCACAGUUAGUUUUUCUGUCAGUGGCCAAAGGGGCAAAAAUAACAAAAUUACUUUUGAAACUACUCUACCCAUUUACCUGUAUAUAAAGGGAGGCAAUUGUAAGUGCCAACUAAAUUUGUAUGUAGUGCCUUGUGGGUAGAAUUCAUCAUUGUUGGUAGAUUGUGGAUUAGAACCUAUACCUGUUGAAACUUUUGAACUUGAGUAAAAUAUAUAUAUAUAUUUGGAAGUCAACAACAAAACUUCCUGAAGGGUCUUUCUUCCAUAAGGAAAAUAAAACCUCUUCUUGAGGUACUCGAUCCCAGGUAAUUGUUUUAAAUUUGUCUGUGAAAUGUAUAAUUUGCCCAUUUCCUAGAUAGGCAAAACUGAGGCCACCUUGCUGUUUAAACCUAAUGAGAUGCCCUCUUGUGACUAGGUAAAUUCAUUAGCAAAAGGGGACCAAAAUGCAGAGCUUCCAGCCACAGUAAUUGUCUACCUCAUAUUAGAAUUCACAUUGGGAAUCAAUAUUACUUUGCUUCCAAAACAGAAACUCAUCCCCAGUUGCUCUUUGACUGAAGAUGGACCAGGACUUUCAACAGGAAAAUGCAUUGUCAUACCUUGUGCAUAUAAAUCACACUAUUACUAAUGAACUUUUUUCUUUUAAAAUGAUGUUCGCAAUUAUAACGCAUGUUAGUGCAUUUAUUCCUUGACGGGCACUUAGAGCAACUGCUCUGCAUACAGGAUGAGCACCAUUGGAACACCCUGCUGAUUUGGAACAGAACUUUAUCUAUUUGUGCCACUAACAUCUCUUUGUUUUGUAUUCAUAGCAAGAGGUAUAAAUCCUUUUUCUCUGCUUUCCGUGGCUGCUUUUCAUGAGCAAGGCUCUACAUAGCCAGAGGAUGGGGAAACUCAGGAGUUUAGAAUAUGUUGUACUGUUGUGUGUUUUGUCUGUCUGUUGCAAAGACAAUAUUUUGGUUUUGUCCACUUUAAUCAGAAGUCUCAUCUGUGGCCAUGGAUGUUUUAUUUUUAUAUUUUCCUUCCUGUACUGAAGUGUUUUCUCCCCAAGGAACAUUUUCCUUUUGCGUGUGUAUCAUAGAAGAUUUUUUAUUUUGAGACAUUUUGGACUCGAUCUUUGAAGUGCUCCAGGACCAUAACACGAUAUGCAACUGGCAUGCUAUUUUCCUGUAUUGCUGCAAUAACAGCAUAGAGGCCUGCUUCAUUCUACCUAACCACAGAACUAUUUUCGGGCUUAUAUUGGCCAGCAACCUGAAACGGGCACCUUGUGCAAGUUUGCAAUCUUUUCAUACAGUCACUCGGGGGAAAAGGGGGGGGGAAAUGAAGAUUCUUUCAUUAUUUCAGUUUCUCUGCCUAACAUCAGCAAAAGACACACAUGUUCAGUGGAAGCUGUAACUGAACAUGAACAGGAACAGGAUGAACUUUGUGCAAGCCAUCCCACAGUGUGUUUAUUUGUUUUAUUUACUUGCUUUCUUUGUAAUAUUUCCAUUGUAAUAUUGAAUGUAACUGUUUAUGCAUUGUCCUUUAAGAAUGUGUUGUUGUUAUUGUUUUCCCUUCAUAAUUUAUAUGUUAUGGCUGUUUUGUUCUUUAGAUGUUUUUACUUUUCAAAUCCUUCUGAGUGAUUCUGUAAUAGGGGUUUUACUGAAUUUGGCUACUUCAGAUGUAAGGUUCAUCAAUGUGAAGUUUUGACCCAUUUGUUUAUUUUCUCACUCUGUCAUUACAAUGGCUAGGAAUAGGUAACAAUUAAUGUGAAUGGAUGUCAACACUUAAGAAUCUAGGAAGAUGAUAGUUUGGAAUUCCAUCAAGAUUGCUUUUCUCUCAAAAUGAUUAAUGUAUCUUAUGGCUUUUUCAUGCUAAGAAAUGAAUUAAGUUCAACUAUUGUAUAUUCUGGACAUGGGUGUAUGAGCCUUAGAAUAUUUUGUGAUUAUGAUGUUAUUGAUAAGUACUAUAUACAACCUAUGCUAACAUUUCAAUAGAUGCCUUUGUGGUAUUAAGGUAGGAUGUGACUUUCCAUUUAAAGUCCAUGUAUGGAUCAUCCAGAGAAUAUUAGUUAAUCCAGAUUUGUUUCAACACCUCAAACCCAUCACAUUAGGUUAUGACCUAGCUAAUCUUCAGACACUACUUUCUCAUCCUAUGUACAGAAACAAUUAGAAGCAGUUAAACAAAUGGAGAAGCAAGUACACUCUAGAUAGCACAUGAUUGCCAUACAGUCAUUUACAUUAUAGAUAAGCACUCACAGAUAUAGUAACAUGGAUGUAUUUGGAAUUCCCUGUUUGGCUGGGAUAAGGAUGCCAAAGAAGGUUUAACACUUAUAAUGCACCCCAUUGUGGUGAUUUGAAUUCUGAUCUUUGUCUAAUUAACCCUUGUAAUGUGUAUUCAUCUCGUAUGGCACAGUCACACCCUGGAAGUCAGUAUUGGAGCCUAUGUGAAAGGUCAUCUGUGUACAUCUGCCUUUCACAUAAAAGGAGGGAGUGGUACAGCUUGGCUAACCCCGUUUUGGUUCAAGUGGAAUCUAGGAGGUGCAAAAGCCAAGAGCUAUAACUUCCACUCCAACUCACACAUACCCCCACGGCUGGUAAUGCGUUCCAGAGGUUUUGUGCAUAGAAAAACAAGGGCAGAGUUAAACGCUGUCGCAUAAAUGUUAUCUUAAUCCUUGGCGGAUACACCCCCAUCCACAGGGAAUCCCAUUGCUCGUUAGAAAUAGCAUUAGUUUUCCUUUUUUCUUGACUAGAAACACACAUAUCAGAAAAUAUAUACAGACAUAGGGGGUCUUCUUAUAUUGAGACCCCCCCCACUGGCCUGGAUUUUACAGAAGACAGGGACAACCAAAACAAGGAACACACACUUCACCACAUGGAUAAGUGGGAGUUCCCUUUGUCACUUAAGGAGUACAGUCUCCUUUGCUUCCUGCUACAGCUUAAAGGAGGCAGAGGAGGGCUGGGUGAUAAGCGGUUUAGUAAGAGGUGAGGUCUGUAUGACCAAUACAUGUGAUAUACCCACUUGAAAAUGGCAAUUGGACUUUGAAGAAUGGGACAUAAAACAGUGGGUAAGGUAAUAUUACUGUUGAGAUGGUAGCAUUUGUUGCAUUUCAUUUUCCUCAGGUCACUGACUUGUUCUUUUCCUAUGAGGCUUAACGGGUCGCCAAAUGCCUGCUGGCCCUUGGUGGCUCUGUGAAUUUUGGUCUAGCUGGCAGAAGAUAUUGUUUUAUGUGAUUAUAGUAAUAGGUUUUUUUAUUAUUAUUAUUAAUACUGGAUGUUGUUACUUGCAAUGUAUUUCUAAUGUUAUUCAGUUAAUCUCUAUAGGUCUCUGAGUUUAGUUUUAGGGACCAAAACCAAGCAAACGGGCCAUUCUAGUAGUAUCAAAAGGCCCAGUCAUACUUGACAGUUCCUUGGUCGAUGUACUGAAAAGGAAGUUGAGCAGACUGACGCAAGAUUGUGUUUUAUGUUGUAAUAGUUAUAGUAUUAUUAAUAGCUGUUUGUUGCUGUAUACAAUGCAUCCCAAAUUUAAUCCAGCUUGCUUCCGCCUGCCUGCAUAGGCUGAUUUCUUCAUUUUCCCGAAAGCCUCAAUCUGCUAUUCCAAAUUUGAUGCAAUUGGCCUCAGUCUGUAUAAACAAGCUCACACUGUCAUUUUCCGAAAACCGCAACCAACUUACAUGGAAAUGGCUUUAAGGCCGAUUUGGCAACCCAAGCAAGGUGAUACAGCUACCUGAGAGACUAGCUAGUCUCUCAGGGCUGAAAGGGGGGAUUGUUGUGUUUGAAUUGAAACCCCCAGUGCCAGUGUUGUGUUUAAAUUGAAACCCCAGUGUUAAUAAAACUAUAAUUCACUGGUCUUACCUAAACCAGCUUAGGCUUCAUGAGAAAUAGAACCAAAGUGGCAUUUAUCUGACUUUCGGUAUAAAAUGUAGAUUUAUUUCCUUGUGACCUGACCCUUACCGACGUUCCAGUGGCUCAUAUAAUAAAAGCCGGAUUACGCUGGAGACUCCCCUACUAUGCAUUUCAUAUCGUAUAUAUGCUUAUGGCUUUGCUUAUUGCUGUCAAAAUGUUUCACACAGAAAUGUCUGUGUUUAAAGACUGCUUUAUUGUCCCUCAUAGCUCUCGAGUUGUAUCCCUCCCUUUUGAUAUGCAAGACAUAAUGAUACCAUGUCUGUGUUUGAGUUAGAGGGCGCCCGGUUGCAACUGAACCUCCUCUUCCCAUACGCCUUUGUCCGUUCCUGCAUAGUGCUUAUCUCAAGGACAUGUGAAAUAUGUAGACAAGUUGACAGUGCAAUGUUUCCACUUUGUUCUUCUCCUGUACCCCUUUUGUUUCUCACAUAUGUCCUAAAGCUAUGGCAGUUAGCAAUUGUUUCUUUAUGUUUUAUGACGUGAACAUGAUACUGUAAACUUCGGGGUAAGCCUAUAUAAACCCCCAUCUAUCAAUAAACGCGGUUCCCAUGCUCACCUGCUUUGGCUUGUAAGUAUUGGGUCCCCUUUGCAAAGGCUUUGUUUUGUGUUGCUUGAUCUCUGAUAGUGGGUUCAUAUUUACUCAGCUCCGCACUCUCCCGGGGUGUAAUAAGUGAGCUGGGAUAACAGGACAGCUUGCGUGUUGGGUUUGGAUCUAACAUGACCUAUAAAGCCUUACACGGUGUGGGACCACAAUACCUUGUGGAACGCCUCUCCCGCUAUGAACCUACCUGUUCAUUUCGUUCAGUAUCCAAGGUCCUCCUCCGGGUACCAACUCAUCAGGAUGUCCGGAGGAUUGUUAUUAGAUCUAGGGCCUUUUCUGUGGUGGCCCCCGAACUGUGGAACAGCCUACCUGAGGAGAUACGCCUGGCGCCUUCGGUACUUUCUUUUAGGCGCCAGGUUAAGACCUGGCUAUACUCCCAGGCAUUUUAAUGUUCA